GGGCACCGUCUCCAGUCGAUCCUCAACCAGCUCUCCGGUUGGAUUCUAAAACUCCUUUCUCUGUCUUUCUAUUUCCCCAUGUCUUAGUGUUUCUCUUUUGUUUUUUAUAUCUCGCUAAGAACACUCACAGUUUCGAGUGCGUGGCAACCCUGAAACAUUAGGAGAAUUAAUCAAAAGAGAUAAAAAAACAACAAUUUUUUUUUAAUUGUUCAGAACGUGUGGAUCAGGCGGGAUGAGGCCGAUCGCAAAGGCGGCGUUGACAUAUUUGGCGGUGGAGAUCUGCAGGGCCGAUUCAACUGAAAAAUAAAAUCAUUUCGAGAUGAUACACUAAGCGGAAAUCCAUUCAACCGGAGGAGGGAAACGAGCUGCUUGAAAACGCGAUUUUCUUUGACUUGAUUAUUAUCGAAAGGAUUGAUUUUUUGGGGGGCGGGCAUGGAAAGUUCACUUACGGGCAUCAUCAAUGUGACGGACACUGAAAAUGAUGACGACGGAUGCCUGGAAAGGACGUGGUUCAAUAGCGACCAAUCGGCCGGUGAACUGAAUUUGUGUCCCAGUGCCACCAAUUCCAGCGAAGAUGAUUUCAACACUUUCUAUUUCUACCAGACGGAGCAGUUGGCCUUUUUGUGGAUUUUGCUGAUCCUCAUCGUCGUUGGCAACAUGGCCGUUUUGGUCGCAUUGAGCAUGUCCAGCGCUCGCAAAUCGCGCAUGAACUAUUUCAUCAAACAUCUCGCCAUUGCCGAUUUAAGCGUGGGCGUUAUCAGCGUCUUGACGGACAUUGUUUGGAAAAUCACCGUUGCCUGGCACGCUGGAAAUAUUGCCUGCAAAGUCAUCCGCUUCUCGCAGGUUCUGGUCACGUAUUCAUCCACUUACGUCCUGGUGGCGCUGAGCAUCGACCGGUACGACGCCAUUUGCCAUCCGAUGAAUUUCAGCCGCGGAUGGAGAAGAGCCAGGAUUUUAGUGGCCGUCGCUUGGAUAUUGAGCGCCAUCUUCUCAUCGCCCAUGUUGGUGCUGUACGAAGAAGGUCUGGUUCAAGGACAGGUCCAGUGCUGGAUCGACUUUACAGCGCCAUGGCAGUGGCAACUUUACCUGACACUAGUGGCCGUUUCUCUGCUCGUCUUGCCCGCUCUACUCAUUUUCGCAUGUUAUAUCGUCAUUGUCCGCACCAUCUGGGUCCAAUCCGCCGCGCUCACUUCAUCCAUGCCGUCCGCCAAUCGCAACAACAACAACACAGCCGGUAUUAAUCGGACGGGCGGAAGCGCAGGAACGGCCAUGCUGGACGAGGAUCAGGAAAGUCGAAGGGCCAGCUCUCGUGGCAUCAUCCCACGCGCUAAAAUCAAAACCGUCAAAAUGACAUUCGUUAUUGUCUUUGUGUUCAUUCUGUGCUGGGCACCGUACAUCGUCUUCGACUUGCUCCAAGUCUACGGUCACAUCCCUAAAUCGAAGACGAUGAUCGCCGUUGCUACUUUCAUUCAAAGUUUGGCGCCACUCAAUUCGGCCGCCAAUCCGCUCAUCUAUUGCCUCUUUUCUACUCACCUCUGCCGCAAUCUCAGAAAGAUCCCGGCAUUAGAGUGGAUGGCCGUCAAACUGGAAAACGCCGUCCAUUCAAUCGGUCUGUGUCCCGACUGGAAUUGCUGCGCUGCCGACGGCUCGGUUGACCAUCCGUCGUUGCAGAACCGGACGACAUCACGCGGUGGCACUGCCCACACGCGGACUAAUCACCGCAAUAGUCACCAUAGCCGCCAGAUGACGCAGAAUCAGUUCCGCGGUCAUUUCCAUCGGCUGGCCAACAACAGCAGCUCGACGGGAACGACUGUUAACACCACCACCACCACCAUCACGACGUCACAAGUCGCAAAUGCGAGCGCUGUCAAAGACAGCGGUCGUCGUGACGCCAAUUUGAUUCGACGAGUAUCGUCAUCGGACGUUACGGAAGUCGUUGCUGUGCCUACUCCGGCUAUCGUUAAAGAACCGCUUCCGGCCAACAGUCGCAGUAGUCAGUGGGUUUGAUAAACUUGAGUAAACACAAAGAGACGCGGAGGAACUCGUCGUGGAAAAGAAAAAUGUUUAUCUCCUCUACAGGGUUCUGUCAUCUUGUUUUACAUCAUCUCGCAAGUCAUCAAUUUCAUCUCAUUAUCUACUGGGACACAUAGAGAUGCACCAAGUAAUAAGCAAUCACGUUCGGAUGGCAGCCCCUAUAUGUAAACGAGAGAUCCAUUUGAGAGACCGACCGCCAUCUAAUCCAGUGAAAGAAAACGACCCCGUUGACAUGCAAGUCACGGUUCGAAUUCAUAAAGCCAACUAUAAAUGUGCUCUCCGCCUAUUGGAUAAAUAACACUAUCGUAUAAAUAUUCUUUAAACGUACAUACGUAAUGGCAGUUAUGACAACUUUUUAAAAACAGAAAAAAAAAAAUUAUAAUUCUUUGACAUGUCAAUCUUGUUUUAUCCAUCGUGAAACUGCAAUGUCGUCAUGUAAAUUAUUGCGUAUUGUGUUUAAUGAGCGUCGGCGGGCUGCAGGAAACACGUAGCGACCAUCAAGAAAGAACGCCUAUCAGCUGCCCUAUGUUUAACACAUCCGCUGUCUGGAUUUUUUUUUUUUCACUCCGCAUUAUUUCACGCGGCCAGUCGUUGCUACCCGCCCUCCCGAAAAAAAAAAAAAGAAACGACUCACGGUCCAUUUUCUUUUUUUUUUCUCUCUCUCUUUUAUCUAUGUGGUCUGUACAAAAUAACUACCAUAUGAUCUUUUACUGUCAUCACGCUCUCGUCCUGGACCGUCUCGCCGUUAGAAGAAAAAUUCUAUUGGCACAAACUGGGAAGGAGGGCCGGCAGAGAAACAAGAAGGGGACAAAAUAAAAUAACGUAAUCUAUGUUAAUAUUCUAUUCACGGCGUGCCCGCACAACACAGCACGAUCGAUAUACAACACGAUACUAUAACUAUAUUAAAUAUAUAAGAAUUUGUGGUUUAAAAUGAAAAUUAACCGAAACAAUCUCCCCUCUCCCUCUCAAAACUGAAAAAAAAAAAAUUGAAACAAUCCAAGUAUUAAUAUAUAAUAAUUUUCGAAAAGAAAUCCAUGCGAUACUCUCGUUUCUAUAUAUUCAAUGAGGUUAUGGGAAAAUAUACUAUUGUUUGUUCCAGA